UUCGCGGAAUUAUUCACCACAACCGAAACUCGCCACUGUACAACAACAUUCCUUUCAUUUCACCAACAGUUUAAUACCAUUAUUUUUAUAGUUUUAAGUAAAGUUCCAAGUUUUAGUUUGUGCAUUUUAAGUUUCAAAGUGUGAUAGAAAAGUUGCAAAAAUGUCUAGAUCUGGAAAAAGAGAAAGUCGCGAGAGCGACACUGAAAAAAAAGAACGUAAGAGACAUCGCCAUCAUCGUUCUCGGUCAUCAAAAUCAAAUAAGACAAAUAGUAUUGUUAAAAACAUGUUUUGGGGACUUCUCAUGAAUUUCUUCUACAUUAUUCGAUUGUUAAUUGACAAACUGGUUGAUACUGUUUUGGAAUGGUAUUUAGGAAAUAAAAAGGUGUGUCCAGCGUUACAAAAAGACUUCUUCAUAACUAAAAGUGCUGUUGAAAUUGCUGAAAUGAUAAGAACUCAAGAACUGAAGUCAUAUCAAGUUGUCAAUGCUUACAUCAAUCGUAUAAUAGAAACAAAUCCGGUAAUUAAUGCAAUCAUUGAUGGACCUUUUAUGGAUGCAUUGGAUGAAGCUACAAAAGUUGAUGAACGUAUAGGAAAAGGAUUAAUAUCUGAGGAAGAAUUUAGUGAGAAACCUUUUUUGGGUGUUCCUUUCACAACAAAGGACUCAACUGCUGUUGAAGGGAAACUUUUCACUUGGGGAAUCAUCGCAAGAAAGAAUUUGAAAGCAAAAGAAGAUGCUGAAUGUGUACGAUUGAUGAAAGAAGCUGGAGCAAUUAUUAUAGCAACAACAAGUAUUCCAGAAAUCAAUAGAUGGCAAGAAACACGAAACAAUUUGAUAGGCCAAACUAACAAUCCUUAUGACUCAAGAAGGACUGUCGGUGGUUCAAGUGGUGGUGAAGGAGCUGUUAUUUCAUCAUGCGGAACUGCAUUUGGACUAGGCACCGACAUUGGUGGAUCUAUUAGAAUGCCAGCAUACUAUUGUGGAAUCUUUGGGCAUAAACCUACAACAGGACUUGUCAAUACUCGUGGAUGCACCGGACGAACAGGACUUGAAAAAGACACAAUGGUGGUUGCUGGACCCAUGACACGUUACGCUGUAGAUUUAAAACCGAUUUUUGAAGUUCUUAUUGGGCCCAAAAAUUCAAACAUUUUAAAAUUGAACGUAAAAGUCGAUGUGAAAAAGUUGCGUUAUUUUUACUGUAUGGAUAACGGUGACAUGAAGUGCAGUCAAAUAUGUUCAGAAGUUAAACAAUCGAUGGAUAAGGUCGUUCAACAUUUCUACAGUAUUACAGGGGAAGUUGUUAAUUUUGUUAAAUUGAAAGGAGCUGAAGCAUCGUCAAAAUUGUGGCGAUAUUGGAUGACACAAGAACCUGGAAACUUCAAUCAAAUGUUGGGAAAUUCUAAAGAAGUGAAUCCGAUCAUUGAACUUAUUAAGAAAUUAGCUGGACAAAGUGAUUACACAUUGGCUGCAAUUUAUUCACUCAUUGAUUCAAUUCUGCCAGCAGAGAAAGCUGAAAAAAUGAGAAAAAUCACAAAAGAACUCGACGAGGAAAUUCAAGAACUUUUAGGUGAUGACGGAAUUCUUCUUUAUCCAAGUUCUACCUAUGUUGCUCCAUUCCAUUAUGCAGCAUUUAUUCAGGUUUAUAAUUUCCAUUAUUGGAGUCUUUUUAACGUUCUCCAUUUACCUGCAACUCAAGUGCCUUUGGGAUUGAACUCACGAGGAAUACCGCUUGGAAUUCAAGUCGUUGCUACGAGAAAUCGCGAUAGAGAUUGCUUAGCUGUUGCUGAAGAGUUGGAACGUGAAUUCGGUGGAUGGGUUGCUCCAUUUAUAAUUAAUAAUAAAAAUUAAAAUUCCUUUCACAUUCCUCUUUCUUUUAUGUUACCUUGGUUGUUACUUUUUUCUUAAUGUUAAUCAUUGUAAGUGGAAAGUUGAGAAAAAUAUUUUGUCGACAUUUUAUGAGAUUAUGAAAUAAAAAUUCAUGGUGAUAGUUGUGAAAAAAUCAAUUAACGAAAAUUAUAAAUAUUUUCAUAUUUUUCUUCU